AAACCUAAGGUGCGGACGAACUAUGGCAUUUCAAUGUUAACUUUCGCAGCACCAACAAUUUGGAAUCAAUUACCAAACAAGAUUCAAUCUUCUCGAAGUGUUCCCAUCAUGAAAAGAGAGCUAAAAAAGUACUUUGUUAAUAAUGAAUAAUUGAAUACCAUUCUUAUAGUUUAUAUUUUGGGCUGUAUGACACACCUUUCACUAACCACCCAUUAUAAGCAUUCGCACACAAACAGAUCCCCCUCUGUUUCUAUGUAGGUAAUUCACUACCCUGUCGGGAAUAUACACAUUACGUGUCACCCGCUCAUUGUCUGUAUUUUAAUACAUAGCUUACUGAAUAAAUAAAUAAUAAUAAUAAUAAUAUAAUGUUAUUAUAAAGGUAAUCCUAUACUCCAUGUAUAAGCCAAGAUUAAGAUUUUACAUAUCAUGGCUUUGAUCAGUGUAGUCUAAUAUUACUAAUUGAAUUGUAUUUGCAGUAUUCGAUUGCCUUUAUGUCUGGAAUUAUGGCUGUAAAAAUACUUUUGUGUCAAUCUAACACAAUAACUUUUUCAAAUAUAUCUAGUUUAUGAAUGUUCUUCUGUGGACAGUGUUAAAUGUGCCAAGCAAUGACUUUGAGAAAUUGUUUUCAUCUUAGCAUGGUGUCUAAAAGAAAUAAAAAGGUAGAUGGAACAAUGUCGCCCGACUGAACUUUGCUAAUACAUAAGGGCUGAUAGCCAAAGUCAAUAUUACAAUAUCUUUUAAGAUUACAGUGUUCACCAUGUCAUAAAACAGGAAGAUUUCUUUUGAUAAAAUGAGGUUUCAUUCUUCCUGUUUUUGCUACUUCCUUUUAUUUUCUAUAAUUAAUGGGUCCAAAUUACAUGUACAAUUCAAAUACAUAUAUAAACAAGACAAAAAUUGAAUCCCAAUUGAAUUUCAAUUUUAAGUACUGAGGAAUAUUAGAACAAUGAUUUCAUACCAGCUGAUGAUAGCUUUUCUUCUGAUAUCUUUGUUGGUACAUGUUUAUGGAAACUUAAUAUCUGCUUCUAGAAAUGCAUUGGAAUCAAAACACAAAAGCAGCUGUCAAGUGUGUGACUGUGUUGGCCUCACUGCCGAUUGCUCAUCAAGAAAUAUUGCGUCAUUGCCACAAGAGUUACCAAGAGAUAUAACAGUACUUAGACUAUAUAAUAAUUGCAUAACUCAUUUGCCUGAUGGGUUGUUAGGACAACUAUAUCAGAACUUGGAAGUGUUGGACAUUGAUCUGAACAAAAUAGCUAUUUUUGGAAACCAUACAUUUACUGGUCUUGGAAAUCUGCAGUAUCUCAUGAUAGGCCAUAAUCCUUUUAAACCAGAACGUUUUCACAAACUUGUUUACAAGCCAUUGGAAAAUAUACACACAAUUCAAGUCAAUGGUAUGGGGGAUGAAUCAAAACUUGAUUCCAGAAUAGCUUUAUUUGAUGCAUUUGAAGGUCUACAAAAUUCAACAAUUGAGGCAAUCAUAUAUAAACAAAUUACCCUCAUGCCCUUUGUGCUAGAAAACAAACAUUUGCGAUAUUUCAAACACUGCCAUUUGAAGAAGAUGGUUCUAGCAGAAAAAGGAAUAUUUGCAAUUGAACCUGGGUUUUCCCACAAUGUGCCCCAAUUAGAAAUGAUAGAUUUGUCAAGUAAUAUAUUACGAGGGAGAUUUCCAGGGACCAAUAUAUUUUUUGACAUUUAUUUGAUGAGAUAUCUAAGGGUGGUGAAAAUAGAAGGCAACAGUAAUGUUUUAUUCAAAAGAAACAAUAUCAUUGUCCCAUUUUCAAAGAAAAUGAGUGAAAAUGAAUGGGCAGUUCCUGCGGGCCUUGUCGAGGUACACCUGAGGCAGACCACUGUGGAUAUUGCUCCUUAUCACCUUCCAUUUGGAGUAAAGUUGCAACAUAACAAUAAGAUCAAGAUCAUUGAAGCCUCUGCUAGUUUUGUCACCACUUAUAUAGGUGGUGCACUCAAAGGACUGGUUAAUUUGGAAAGAUUUGUAUAUAGUGAUAAUGACUGUAUUUUUGCACCUGAAUUCUUCACAUGUGAGACUGGCUACUUUGAAAGUCUACAAUAUCUUGACUUGGCAAACAACAGAGCAAUACUUCAUUCAUCUAACUCUUCUUCCACCAUCUUCAAAAACUGUUCAAAGCAGCGACUCAUCGAUGUGUCAUACAAUGAUAUAACAGAUAUCGAUGCAAAGGCCUUUGUUGACACAACAGGACUUGAAAUUCUCAACUUGAGUGGUAACAAAAUAAAACAGAUCGUAAUUAUACUGACACAGCUUAAAUCCUUGAGAAUCCUCAAUAUAUCAAACAAUCACAUAAAUACUAUUGAAGAAAACAAAAGAAAGGAAAUUGAUGAACUAAUAAAAACAUCAAGCAGGAAUUUAACAAUAGACAUCAGACAUAAUCCUUUGAUCUGUAACUGUGAUUCUUUCAAGCUUAUAGACUGGACGCAAACACAUAGUGAUAACAUCUACAAAUGGCAAGAAGUAACAUGUAUUCACAUCAAUGGCUCAGAAGUGGCAAUCAAUGACAUUUUGUUACCUGGGAUGAAAUGGGAUUGCUGGAAGGCUAUGAUAAUUCCACCUGUGGUAUCUUUUGGACUUGUUGUACUAGGCAGUGUGCUUGUUAUCUGUAUCUACAGGCGUAGAUACAAAAUACACUAUCUAGCCCUUCUGAUAAGGGCAUUACUCAGACGUCAUCAACAGGUUGAUUUUCAGUUUGACUUUGAUUGAUUUAUGAGUUACAGCUCUCUGGACAAAAACUGGGCACUGACCAACAUAUAUGCACAUCUAGCAGAUAAAUACAAGAACACAAAUGUGUACAAAAUGUCCCCACCAAGUGGUGAUCCCGUGAAAUGGUUAUCCUGAAAAUGAGUAGACAAGACUUUACCAACACAAUUUGAGGACGGAAAAUCCAAAGUGGCCACCUUAAAAUUUACCCAGAAUGCCAAAAAUUUAGUCAGUUCUAGAUUUUCAUACUAAGAACCACCCCUGAAAAUUUGAAAUUGAUCCCUCACACAGUUAACCAGAAAACAUGUAAACAAGACUUUACAGACAAGAUUUCAGGAUGGAAAAUCCAAAAUGGCUGCCUUGACAUUUACCCAGAAUGUCAAAAAACUAAUCUGUUUGUAGAUUUUCAUACUAAGAAUCAUCCCUGAAAAUAUGAAAUUGAUCUACCAAACGGUUCACCUGAAAAC